AUGUCAGCGGACCAAAGUUUCCCUUCUCAUUCAAAAAAGUUCGAUCCACGGGAAGAUGCGGCAUGCUUGUAUCGAGCUUGCGAAGGACACGGCAGGGAAAGUCGAGAGGCAGAGGUCGGGUUCAACGACGGACGGGAUGUUGGUCCACCACUCUUCGGUAAAAAGCAGUAUACCCAAGCUUCAAAAAAUUCUAAAAAAUCGGAAGGUGAGACGGAAUUCCACACUGACUCCGCUUUGCUGCUCACAGUUAUACGCUGCUACAUCCAGGAAGCCUAUCCCGUACAAGAGUGGUCAGGCGUUCAAGCCGCUCGCCGGUCCGGCAUCAAGGCGAGCUCUGAUUGGUCGAAAGUCGACCCUGUAGCCAACCAUGACCCAGUAGUCGCCGAAUGCCGGUUACCAAAGCGCAUCCGGAAGGCUUCAGAAUCGGUCUGUGAAGGCGAGAUGAUCAUCAUCGAGAUCGCUGGAAACCGAAGCAUGGCACAGCGUUUGGAAAUUCGUAAAGUCUUUGAACGGAUUUAUGAAAUGGACUUGACAAAAGCCAUUGCUUCAAAGAUGAAAGGCAACGCAAGGUUUCUGGCAGUAAAUCUGUUCCGUACACCGAUGGAACUUUUGGCACACCAACUCUACAGAAGCCUGAAUGAACGUCACUCAGUGAAUACGAGUGUGUUGACAAACAUUUUGUGCUGCUGUAACCAUAUCGAAAUCCACUUGUUGGGCAAGGCAUACAACACUUGUAAGUCCCAUUAA